CCCCUUUCUUUUUUUUUUUUUUCUUGGUUACCAAACGGACAUGGGAAUUUUUGGACCAAGAUGGAGUUUGGCUUUACCCUUUAUUUUUAUAUUGUUCCUGAUACCAUAUAUAGCUAGCUUCCCAUUCCCAUGGUGGUUGAGCUAUCCAACUUUUCUUCGAACUACUCACCAUAAAUUCAAGAAUAGGAUUUCAGCUUUCUUGCAGUUAAUAUAUGACCUUUUCUACUGGUACAGCUUCCCAACUCUUGAGGUCUGAAUCCAUCUCUCUCUUCGUGUCUAUCUUACCAACCAACUGUGAACUGUUUUUAUGCGUGUAGGCCAGGUUUUGCUUUUAAUUUAGCAUUUCUUUUCUUUUGGAUGGGAUGUAGUUCAGCGUCUUGUUUAUAAAUUAGCGAUACCCGUUUUAUUUUUUCUCACAAGCAACCGAAACAAAGCACUCACAGAGGAGCUCUACACAAAUGGAUAAUAUAGACAUGGAUAAUGAGAGAUUGACGGCGGAGAUGGCUUUUAAAGACUCUUCCUCUGCUGUCAUAAGAAUCCGUCAACGUUUGCCUGACUUCUUACAGUCCGUCAAGCUCAAAUACGUUAAGUUAGGUUAUGGCUACUCAUGUAACCCUGCUACUAUACUCAUGUGUCUCGUAAUUUUCCCUUUGUCCAUAGCCACGCUCGUUCAAAUCACUGGUCUUCAACUAGACCUGGUUUACGAGUUAUGGACGACUCGGUCCCUUCAACUCCAUGAAAUAGACGCCGCCACUAGACUUGCCGGUUCUGUUCUAUUACUUGUCCUUCUCGGAGUCUACUUGGCCAAGCGGUCCAGACCCAUCUAUCUGGUGGAUUUUGCAUGUUACAAACCGGAAGAUGAAUGGAAGAUGUCAGUGGAGGCCUUCAUGCAAAUGACGGAAGAUAGCGGGCUGUUUGACAAAGAAACUGUUCAAUUCCAGAGGCGGAUAUCGACAAGGUCAGGUCUAGGAGAUGAAACUUAUAUACCAAGAGGAAUAUCGUCUAGACCACCGAAUUUGUGCAUGGACGAAGCCCGGAGGGAAGCCGAGUCAGUCAUGUUCGGAGCAUUGAAUUCUCUUUUCGACAAAACUGGAGUUAAACCGAGAGACAUUGACAUCGUCAUUGUGAACUGCAGCUUGUUUAACCCGACUCCGUCUCUGUCCUCUAUGAUAGUGAAUCACUUCAAGCUUAGAACAAACAUUAAGAGUUACAAUCUUGGUGGAAUGGGUUGCAGUGCAGGGCUUAUCUCUAUAGACCUAGCCAAAGACCUUCUGAAAGCAAACCCCAACACUUAUGCAAUUGUGGUAAGCACAGAAAAUAUAACUUUGAAUUGGUAUUUUGGCAAGGAUAGGUCAAUGCUACUUCCCAACUGCAUAUUCCGCAUGGGUGGAGCUGCCGUUCUUCUCUCGAACAAGGGCCAAGACAAGGGCAGGUCCAAAUACCAGCUGGUCCACACAGUCCGAACCCACAAAGGCGCUGAUGACAAAAACUACCAGUGCGUUUACCAGAGAGAAGAUGAUAAAGGAACUGUUGGGGUCUCAUUAGCCCGUGAAUUAAUGGCUGUAGCUGGAGACGCAUUGAAAACAAACAUUACUACAUUGGGUCCUCUGGUACUGCCUUUAAGCGAGCAAUUUAUGUUUUUUGUCACCCUUGUUAGAAGAAAGCUUUUGAAAGCAAAAGUGAAGCCCUAUAUACCGGAUUUCAAGCUUGCUUUCGAGCAUUUCUGUAUACAUGCUGGGGGUAGGGCUGUUCUAGACGAGUUGCAGAAGAAUUUGCAACUUAGUAACUGGCACAUGGAGCCAUCCAGAAUGACUCUGCAUAGAUUCGGUAACACUUCCAGUAGCUCAUUGUGGUAUGAACUGGCAUAUACAGAAGCCAAGGGUCGGGUCUCACGCGGGGACAGGGUGUGGCAGAUUGCUUUUGGGUCAGGUUUCAAAUGCAAUAGUGCAGUGUGGAAAGCGCUCAGGGCCAUUCCUCUGGGCGAAACAAGGGGUAACCCAUGGGCAGACUCCAUUCACAGGUAUCCGGUCAAGGUUACUGUGGCUUAAAUUUGUUCAAUUCAAUUUGGUGGCAUUGUAUUACAGGACUUGAAUGGCAACGUAGAUGAAAGUCUUAGCUAGGUUCCUUUUUCCUUGAUCAUCCAACCCCUUCUAUUAAUAUCCUCUCCUAGAAAGCUGUCAUGUGACAAAAAAAUAUAUAUAUGAUUAUAGUACUGAAGAUCAUUCAUGCUUAUGAUAUUUGAUAAGAAUUGAAUGAAUACUUGCAGUACUUUUUUUAAUUA